CUCGAACAUCUGAUCGAUUGACACAACAAUGAACACAUACAAAUCUUCAGAGAUAAACAAUUUUCUUUUUGUGUGAUUCAUUUAGUGAAACUCCGUUGUUUCAUUGUUAAAAUGUUGAAUAGUAACAUUGUGUAAGAAUAAUGGGAUUUCUUGAGCGACUUUUAUAAUUCUGUUGAUUGAAGCCGCCCAUGAAUGUGUGCCUUAACUCAGUGAAAAGCAUCAGUGAACAAAAAACGAUUCCCGAAAUGUUAAAACUCAUUCUACUCGGCGGUGUUCUACACCUACUAUUCCUAGUCUCAAUUUUUGUCAUAUACUUCCAAUCACCAAUCAUUACUGGCCUUCAGCAUCAGAAAAAAAUCCUUGAUCCACCGGCUAGAAGGCUGGUACUAUUUUCAGCCGAUGGACUGAGGGCUGAAUCAUUUUACCGAAACGGAUGUGCUAACACAAAGUUUUUGAGGAACAUUGUAUUAAAUGAGGGUAUUCAUGGCAUUUCACACACGGGAGUACCAACAGAAUCGCGUACCGGACAUGUCGCUCUAAUUGCAGGAAUGUACGAAGAUCCAAGUGCUCUAUUCAAAGGCUGGCAAGAGAAUCCGGUCGAUUUCGAUUCGGUGUUCAAUAGAAGUGAUACAACCUAUGCGUGGGGAAGUCCAGACAUUUUAACCAUUUUCGAAAUGAAAUCGAACAAUCGGAAUAUGAGAACGUUUUCUUACGACAAAGUCAUGCAAGAUUUCUCCGGUAGUCAUAGUACAACGGCGCUGGACACCUGGGUAUUCGAUAAUGUUGAACGAUUUGUUAACGCUCGUCGGGAGCAAUUACAAUCGGAUAACGAAACGGUUUACUUUCUCCAUUUGUUGGGGCUGGAUACGGCCGGUCACACACACAAGCCCAAUACAAAAUUGUUCAAUGACAAUCUAAUAGCUGUCGAUCAAGGAGUCGAAAGGAUUAACAAAUUAUUCAAUGAGGUCUUUCCUGACGAUCGAACUGCAUUUAUAUUUACCGCUGAUCACGGAAUGACUGACAGAGGUUCACACGGUGAUGGAGAUGACUACGAAACACAAACUCCGAUAGUUGCUUGGGGAGCAGGCAUUCCCAAACAUACCGAGAAGCCGACUGCGACUACGGAUCAAUUACACAGUAUUAUAGGAUCAAAUAGAGUUCCGCGUUUUGAUAUAAAUCAAAUUGAUAUUGCUCCAUUGAUGGCAACAUUACUGGGCAUACCGGUACCAGUUAACAGUUAUGGUCAAUUGCCACUGGAAUAUUUAAAUGUAUCGGCGUCUUACACAGCAAAAGCAAUGUUCCACAACGCUCUACAAAUAGCCGAACAAUACAAACACUUGAGGAACGAGUUCUUGACGGGCUCGUUAAGCAAGUACUUGAACGACUACCACACAUUCGAUGGUAGUCAUAUGACAUCGGCAGAGAUCCAAAUCAAUAGGCUUUUAGAUGCCGGAAAAUAUGACGAAGCGAUCCAACGAAGUAAACAUUUUUUGGAACAAUCGCUAAAUGGAGUGGAAUUUUUCCAGUCCUAUUAUCAGUAUUGGCUGUUAACAGCCGUCGCUCUAUCCAUGAUUGCUUGGAUUUGCUAUUUGGUGCAAGCACCUCUGCGGACCAGUAGUAAAAACGUCCUUGAUGUAAACUUACAGAUUAACAGAAGCUACAGCAACGUCGCAUUGUUUGGUCUAUUCCUCGUGCUAGUGUUCGGUUACUGUCAAAGUCUGUCAAUAUCAACAGCGCUAAUAUUCUGUGCCCCAUUUGUAUGUUGGCUACCGAUAUCUUUUACAUCAAUACUGAAUGUUGUAAAAGACAUUCGAGUUUUCGUUUUAAUCGCAGCUGUGGAGUCUUUGGUGUGGACAUUUUUCUAUCGGCACGUCGUUAGUGUUCUUCUGGUGCUCGUGCCUAUCUACAUUGUGAUUUCAAAUGAUGAUCGAAAACGGUUUUGCCUAGUCAAUAAGAAGUGGCUGUUGACGAACAUUAUUCUGUCCGUGUUUCCUCUGCUACCUAUCGUUGGAAACAAUGACAAUCACAGCACGGAACUUUUAAUUUCAGGAAUUGUCCUUUGGUCAAUAAGAUUGUGCCACUCACUGUAUCAGAACUACAACUUUUAUAAGAUGUGCCAUCUCAUAACAUUCACUGCGGCAUCAUCAUGCUUACUUAUUGUCCACUUCAGCACCGGUCUGAACAUCGUAUGCCAGAUAGUAUCGUGGAUAUGUCUGAUCAGUGCGUUUACAUUACCGCUACUACAAACGACUGAGCGUCGACUGGAGGCGGUAAUUGAUGGACUAAGUAUUCCGUAUCUGUUGAUGUCAUUGUCAUACGAACCGAUAUUCCUACUGGUUUUGUCACUGAAUUUGGAAUAUUUCGUUGAAAUGCAUCAGGGGACGGUCAAUGAGAACCAAAGUUUUACAAAUAUGACGAAACGUUCGGAGCCGAACACGUACACGAAUGCCUUCACUUUCAUGCUGUACGUGAUGCUGGCAUUUUUCGGAACGGGUAAUUUCGCCUCGAUCAGUUCAUUCGAUCCGAACAGUGUGCGUUGCUUUGUUGCCGUGUUUGCGAGAGCUCUGAUGAGCGUUCUGGUCGUAAUUAAAUUGGUCAUACCAUUAAUACUGGUCGUUUGUGCAUUUACUGGCGUUUAUGCAGCGUAUAAGCUUCCAAUGGAUCGAAUUUUCCUCGCCAUAUUGUCCAUUUGCAACAUCAUGGGCAUCCACUUUUUGUUUCUCGUAACGAAUAAAGGUUCCUGGCUGCAAAUCGGCACCUCCAUAUCACAUUUUGUGAUCAUCGAGACCACAACCGUAGCGCUAUGUGCGCUACAACUUUUAGCAAAAUGGUUGAUGGAAACGGAACUGAAUUUUGUACGCGCCAAACAACGGUCAUCGGUUUACAAAUUUGAAUAAAAUAGGUGUGCGCGCAGCGUCCGUUUA